GGGGGCUCUAGUGAACAGCGCAGCCGGACAGGGUUCACCGGCUGGCGGCAAGCGGAGGCGGCCCGGGCCAGGCGGUCUCCGAGAUGUCACGAUGGCUGUGGCCAUGGUCGAACUGUGUGAAAGAGCGGGUCUGCCGCUACUUGCUGCACCACUACUUGGGGCACUUCUUUCAGGAGCACCUCAGCCUGGACCAGCUCAGCCUGGAUCUGUACAAGGGCAGCGUUGCUCUGCGGGAUAUCCACCUGGAGACCUGGUCUGUGAACGAGGUACUGGAGUCGAUGGAGUCACCGCUGGAGCUGGUAGAAGGUUUCGUGGGCUCCAUUGAGGUAGCCGUGCCCUGGGCUGCGCUGCUCACUGACCACUGCACCGUGCGCGUGUCAGGCCUCCAGCUCACCCUGCAGCCCCGCCAAGGACAAGGUGAGGGGCCAGGGGCUGCUGACUCGCAGAGCUGGGCCUCAUGCAUGACCACAAGCCUGCAACUGGCUCAGGAGUGUCUGCGGGAGGGGCUCCCUGAGCCCUCUGAGCCACCACAGCCUCUGGAGGGACUGGAGAUGUUUGCCCAGACCAUUGAGACUGUGCUGCGGAGGAUCAAGGUGACUUUCCUGGACACAGUCGUGAGGGUGGAGCAUUCACCAGGCGAUGGGGAGCACGGCAUGGCUGUGGAAGUCCACGUACAGAGACUGGAGUACUGUGACGAGGCAGUGCGGGACCCAAGCCAGGCGCCACCAGUGGAUGUGCACCAGCCGCCCGCCUUCCUGCACAAGCUGCUGCAGCUGGCAGGGGUGCGCCUGCACUUCGAGGAGUUCCCCCGACAGGCAGAACCGCCAGAGCCCCCCUUGCAAAUUGGCAGCUGCUCGGGGUACAUGGAGCUGACGGUGAAGCUGAAGCAAAAUGAGGCCUUCCCAGGCCCCAAGUUGGAGGUGGCUGGACAGCUGGGCUCCCUGCACCUGCUUCUGACCCCACGGCAGCUCCAGCAGCUUCAGGAUCUGCUCAGUGCUAUUAGCCUUGCAGACCCCGAAGGCUUGACUGACAAGCUGAACAAGAGUCGCCCGCUCGGUGCUGAAGACCUGUGGCUGAUCGAACAGGAUCUGAACCAGCAACUGCAGGCGGGUGCUGUGGCCGAGCCCCUCAGCCCAGACCCCCUUACCAACCCUCUUACCAACCUGGACAGCACUGACCUCUUCUUUUCCAUGACUGGCCUUACAAGCAGUGUGACCUCAGCAGUCUCUGAGCUCUCCCUCUCUGACGUGGACCUGGGCUCCUCUGUGCAUAGCAACAUGGCUUCCCGCCGGCUCUCUGUCCCGACCCACCCAACUGGCAAAGCGGCCCCCACACCCAUUCCGGACACCAUGCGCCCUGAUUCGCUGCUGAAGAUGACCUUGGGGGGUGUGACCCUGACUUUGCUUCAGACAUCUGCCCCAUCUUCCGGACCACCUGACCUCACCACCCAUUUUUUUGCCGAGUUUGAUGCUGCCAAGGAUGGGCCCUUCGGCUCCCGAGAAUUCCACCACCUUCGGCCACGCUUCCAGAAAGCCUGCCCUUGUAGCCAUGUCCGGCUCACAGGCACGGCCGUGCAGCUGUCCUGGGAGCUGCGGGCCAGCGGUCGGGGCCGGCGGAUGAGCAACACAGAAGCGCACUUCGGGCAGCUGGAGGUGCUGGAGUGCCUGUGGCCCAGGGGCGCAUCAGAGCCCGAGUACACAGAGAUCCUGAGUUUUCCCAGCAACCUGGGCUCCCAGGCCUCAGCUCGGCCCUGUGCCCACCUGCGCCACACACAGACUCUGCGCCGGGUGCCCAAGAGCCGGCCCCGGCGCUCUGUUGCCUGCCAUUGCCACUCAGAACUGGCCCUGGACCUGGCGGACUUCCAAGCAGAUGUGGAGCUGGGAGCCUUGGACCGGCUGGCUGCCCUGUUGCACUUGGCCACCACACCCCCCGAGCCGCCUGCCGGCCUGCUGACAGAGCCCCCUCCAGCCACUGAGCAGCAGACGGUGUUCCGGCUUUCAGCACCCCGGGCCACACUGAGGCUGCGAUUCCCCAUUGCUGACCUGAGGCCGGAGCGGGACCCCUGGGCUGGCCGGGCUGUGCGGGCCGAGCAGCUGCGGCUGGAGCUGAGUGAGCCUCAGUUCCGUUCAGAGCUUAGCAGUGGGCCUGGCCCCCCAGCCCCGACCCGCCUGGAGCUCACCUGCUCUGACCUGCAUGGAAUCUAUGAAGAUGGUGAGAAGCCACCUGUCCCCUGCCUCCGUGUCUCCAAAGCCCUGGACCCCAAGAGUACUGGACACAAGUACUUUCUGCCCCAGGUAGUGUUGACCCUGAACCCCCAGUCCAGCAGCACACAGUGGGAGGCGGCCCCGGAGAAGGGGGAAGAGCUGGAGCUGUCCACCGAGAGUCCGUGCGAGCUGCGGGAGCCGGAGCCCUCGCCCUUCUCCUCUAAGAGGACCAUGUAUGAGACGGAGGAGAUGGUGAUCCCUGGAGACCCUGAGGAGAUGAGAACGUUCCAGAGCCGUACCCUGGCGCUGUCCCGCUGCAGCCUGGAAGUGCUUCUGCCUGGAGCCCAUAUCUUCCUGCCCAGCAAGGAGGUUUAUGAAAGCAUCUACAACAGGAUCAACAAUGACCUGCUCAUGUGGGAGCCCGCGGACCUGCUGCCCACCCCCGACCCUGCCGCUCAGCCCGCGGGCUUCUUGGGCUCCUCGGGCUUCUGGCAUGACAACUUCAAGAUGUGCAAGUCAGCCUUCAAGCUGGACUCCGACUCGGAUGACGAGGACGCCCACUUCUUCUCAGUGGGGCCGUCAGGCGCCCCCCAGGCCCCUGCCCCCGAGCCCCCACGCCGUCACGCCCAGAGUACCUUCUCUACACUGGUGACGGUGCUGAAGGGUCGGAUCACAGCCCUCUGUGAGGCCAAGGAUGCAGGUGGGAGGCGGCUGGAGGUCGCACAUGGAGAACUGGUGCUGGACGUGGAGCGGGGCACCGUCUUCAGCGUCUCUCAGUACCGCGGCCAGCCGGGGCUCGGCUACUUCUGCUUGGAGGCUGAGAAGGCAACGCUGUACCACCGAGCGGCUGUGGACGACUACCAGCUGUCCAGCCACCUGGACUUGCCCAGCUUCACUCCGCCAACCCAGCUGGCCCCAACCAUCUACCCCUCAGAGGAGGGGGUGACCGAGCGGGGAGCUUCAGGCCGCAAGGGCCAGGGUCAGGGCCCCCCCAUGCUGUCUGCUGCCGUGCGCAUCCACCUGGACCCCCACAAGAAUGUCAAGGAGUUCCUGGUGACACUAAGAUUGCACAAAGCCACCCUGCGCCACUACAUGGCCCUGCCUGAACAGAGCUGGCACUCCCAGCUGCUGGAGUUCUUAGAUGUGCUGGAUGACCCCGUGCUGGGCUAUCUGCCCCCCACCGUCAUCACUGUCCUGCACACACAUCUGUUCUCCUGCGCUGUGGACUACAGGCCCCUCUACCUCCCCGUGCGUGUCCUCCUCACCGCCGAGACCUUCACCCUCUCCAGCAACAUUGUCAUGGACACGUCCACCUUCUUGCUCAGGUUCAUCCUUGACGACUCUGCCUUGUACCUGUCUGAUAAGUGUGAGGUGGAGACCCUGGAUCUGCGGCGAGAUUAUGUCUGUGUCCUGGAUGUUGACCUCCUGGAGCUGGUGAUCAAAACGUGGAAGGGGAGCACUGAGGGCAAACUGAGCCAGCCACUGUUCGAGCUGCGCUGCUCCAACAACGUGGUGCAUGUGCACAGCUGCGCGGACUCCUGCGCCAUGCUGGCCAACCUGCUCCAGUACGUAAUGAGCGCGGGCGACCUGCACCCCCCACCCCGGCCCCCCAGCCCCACGGAGAUCGCCGGCCAGAAGGUACAGCUCUCCGAGAACCCUGCCUCCCUGCCCUCAUGCCCACCGGUGGAGACGGCGCUCAUCAACCAGCGGGACCUGACCGACGCCCUCCUGGACACGGAGCGCAGCCUGCGGGAGCUGGCCCAGCCUGCAGGUGGUCCCCUCCCUCAGGCCUCGCCCAUCUCAGUCUACCUGUUCCCAGGUGAACGGGGUGGGGCCCAGCCCCCUUCAGCCCCACCUGGGGGCCCCGCUGGCAGCUUAGGGUCGAGCUCUGAGGCUAAGGAAGAGGAGAAGGAAGAGGAGGGGGAUGGAGACACCCUGGACAGUGACGAGUUCUGCAUCCUUGACGCUCCUGGCCUGGGCAUCCCGGUAGGAGGAGGAGAGGGAGAUGUAAGGACAGGGGAGAGACCGCGCGGCCCUGCGCCCGGGACUGCCUCCGUGCUCACGCAUCUUUGCUUGGCCUCCUGGCAGCCCCGAGAUGGGGAGCCCGUGGUGACACAGCUGCAUCCAGGUCCCAUCAUCGUGCAGGAUGGGCACUUCUCCCGGCCACUGGGGAGCACAGACCUGCUGCGGGCACCUGCCCACUUCCCAGUGCCCAGCAGUCGUGUGGUGCUACGUGAGGUCUCCCUGGUCUGGCACCUCUACGGGGGCCGAGAUUUUGGCCCCCACCCCAGCCACAGAACAAGAGUUGGAUUUACGGGCCCCAGGGGCUCCCCUUCCCGCUGCUCUGGUCCCAACCGGCCCCAGAACUCAUGGCGCACCCAGGGAGGCAGUGGGCGACAGCACCAGGUCCUCAUGGAGAUCCAGCUCAGCAAGGUGAGCUUCCAGCACGAGGUGUACCCAGAGGAGCCGGCCGUAGGCCCCGCCCCCAGCCAGGAGCUGGAGGAGCGGCCACUGUCCCGCCAGGUGCUCAUUGUGCAGGAGCUGGAGAUCCGAGACCGGCUGGCCACCUCCCAGAUCAACAAGUUCCUGCACCUGCACACAAGCGAGCGUCUGCCGCGACGCACCCACUCCAACAUGCUCACCAUCAAAGCACUGCACGUGGCCCCCACCACCAACCUGGGUGGACCUGAGUGCUGUCUCCGCGUCUCACUGAUGCCCCUGCGGCUCAACGUGGACCAGGAUGCCCUCUUCUUCCUCAAGGACUUCUUCACCAGCCUGGCAGCUGGCAUCAACCCCAUGGUCCCAGGAGAGACCUCUGCUGAGGCUCACCCUGAGACCCGAGGCCGGCCCAGCAGCCCUCAGGAAGGGCAGCCCAAGAGCACAGACCCCAGCGGCUCGCAGGAGGCCCCUGGCAGUGGACACGGUUCCUCCAUUGAGCAGCAGCCGAUCUACUUCAGGGAGUUCCGCUUCACGUCUGAGGUGCCCAUCUGGCUGGAUUACCAUGGCAAGCAUGUCACCAUGGACCAGGUGGGCACUUUCGCUGGCCUCCUCAUCGGCCUGGCCCAGCUCAACUGCUCCGAGCUGAAGCUGAAGAGACUCUGCUGCCGGCACGGGCUCCUGGGUGUGGACAAGGUCUUGGGCUAUGCUCUCAACGAGUGGCUGCAGGACAUCCGCAAGAACCAGCUGCCUGGCCUGCUGGGAGGCGUGGGUCCCAUGCACUCCGUUGUUCAGCUCUUCCAAGGGUUCCGGGACCUGCUGUGGCUGCCCAUCGAGCAGUACAGGAAGGACGGGCGCCUCAUGCGGGGGCUGCAGCGGGGGGCUGCCUCCUUCGGCUCGUCCACAGCCUCUGCUGCCCUGGAACUGAGCAACCGGUUGGUGCAGGCCAUCCAGGCCACAGCUGAGACAGUGUACGACAUCCUGUCCCCGGCGGCACCCAUCUCCCGCUCCCUGCAGGACAAGCGCUCUGCGCGGAGGCUGCGCAGGGGCCAGCAGCCCGCUGACCUCCGGGAAGGCGUGGCCAAGGCCUAUGACACUGUUCGAGAGGGCAUCCUGGACACAGCUCAGACCAUCUGUGAUGUGGCGUCGCGGGGCCAUGAGCAGAAGGGGUUGACAGGCGCCGUGGGCGGGGUGAUCCGCCAGCUGCCCCCGACGGUGGUGAAGCCAUUCAUCCUCGCCACGGAGGCCACAUCCAACCUGCUCGGGGGGAUGCGCAACCAGAUCCUGCCGGAUGCCCAUAAGGACCAUGCUCUCAAGUGGCGCUCGGAGGAGGCCCAGGACUGAGACCAGGGCUUCCAGGACCUGGUGGGCCACUGCCCAGCCACCCUCUCCGCCUGCCCCAGUGGUGCCGCCAGCUCCUGAGCCUCCUGAGAGCGGCGAUCCAUAGCUGGCAGGCCUGGCCCUUCAGGGGAUGGCUGCUGUGAAGGAUACCUACCCAGCCUGCCCGUUGCCAACCCGCUGUGAGAGUGGGCCUCCCUGCCUUGGGGCCUCGACCCCGUCCGUGCACUUUUCCUCUGGGGAGAAGGGGCUCUUCCCCUCCCCUCCACCUGGGCCACGCUGCUGCCUUGUCCCAAGACAGAGGCUCUGGACCCUCAGACUCCGGCCCCACUCAGCCAAGUGUCUCUCCACGUCUCAUGGGGCGGUGGGGGACAGAUGCCGUGUGAUUCUGUAUUAUUUUUAAGCUCCUUGAACGUGUGGGUCAGUGUCUGCAUGAAGUGGAAUAAACUGCGCCCACCGCCA